AAACUGUAGUGUUGUGCUCUUGAUGCUGCUCCUAAGGUAGUUAAGGUGCACUGCAUAAGAUAAUUAUAAAAAUUUUGUCUGAUGCUUUGGUAAAGAUUCAGGAAAGGUCGACCUCGGAAACUAGUACAAAAAAAAAGGAGAACUCAAACAAAGAUGAAUUUAUUAUACCCAAUAAGGAGACUACCUACACUGUGUGAAAAUGUUGGUGCCAAAAAAUCACUGCACAAGACACCAUCAUCCUGGAGGCGGGGAUUCUCAGUGUCUUGCAGAAAAUCUAGUUUACAACCUGAGGAGGCUGAGGCAGUAGGUGAACUGAGGAUGAGAGCUUGGCAGACUACUGGCUAUGAUGGUGUUGAUGGACUCUUGCUGGGUUCUGUGAGAGUGCCACCCAUUCUUCUUCCCAGAGAUGUGCUUGUGCGAGUUCAAGCUGCCUCUGUCAACCCUAUUGACACAGCUAUUAUCAAUGGUUAUGGUGGAGAAGUCCUUAACAUGAUGCGAACAUUGGGACGUCUGGAGCAAGGUAUCCUUGACGACAACCAAAUGGAGUUUCCUUUGACAGCAGGCCGAGACUUUGCAGGGGAGGUAGUGAGUGUGGGUCAGGAUGUGAAAAGCUUGGCUGUUAGUGAUCGGGUGUUCGGUGUGGUCAGCCCACAGCGGCAGGGUUCACAUGCUGAGUUUGUUACUACUGCAGCAUCCAAUGUCUGCCUGAUGCCCAACAAUAUUAAUGCUGAAGAAGCUGCUUCUGUCCCAUAUGCUGCAUUGACAGCAUGGAGUGCUGUGAUGGUGACUGGCAUGCUGACUCCUGAUGCAGCACCGCGAUCAAAAGUCUUACUUCUCGGGGCCUCUGGGGGUGUGGGAACCAUCAUCUGUCAGCUUUUGUCGUCAUGGGGAGCUCAGGUUGUUGGUCUCUGCAGCUCAGAUGCCCUGGAUUUGGUAACCAGUUUAGGUGUAGAAGCACUAGACUACAGAGAACCAACUACUAAAGAUAUGCUUAUUGCCGAAGGAGGAUUUGAUCUUGUGAUUAAUGCUACUGGUGAAGAUGACUUGGAUUAUAUGAAAGCAUUGAAACCCUGGAAGGGAUGUUCCUACAUUACCUUAUCACCACCAUUGUUGCGGAACAUAGACAGCAUGGGAUUAGCAGCUGGGCUCUUUAAGAGUGCAAGACAAGUUUUAUGUAGAAAUGCAACUUCAUUAUCAGAAGGACGAGCAUACAAAUGGGCAUUCUACAUGCCCAACCCAUGGGCCCUGAAUCAACUUGCAAAAAUGUUAGCCAGCCAAAGGAUUCGACCAGUGAUUGACAAAAUCUUCCCAUUUACUGAGGCACCAGAGGCUUAUCGCUAUGUCAUUGAUGGACAUGCUAGAGGAAAGACUGUUCUCAGUUUAUCUAAGUAAACUGACUUCAGGGGGAGGCCAAAUGGGCUAGUAUAAGCAGAACAUCUGCAUAGAAAAAGGUGAAAAUGAUUUGAUACAGGAAGUGAUUUUCUAGCUGUAAUUCCUCUAAUCCCAUGAAAUUGUUCCUUAUUGGUAUCAGAGGAGAGAGGUAAAUGUGCAAUGGUUGUGUUAGAAGUUACAUAUGUGCUAAACUGAUAGUGUGUGCAGUAUUAUGUUAGUGCUUAUUUACAGUUUGUUAUAUUCAAAGAUAGAUACUGGAUGCAAAUUUCUUUGUUAGUUCUUGAUCACAUGUCUUGACCCAGUCAGGCACUGAAAAUCUGUCAGCAUACUAUAUCUGCUGAAAACUCCUGCAUGUGGUUUGGCUAUUACAACAGUGAAGAAGUUGCUGUAUAAGCCAGUCUCAAACAUAGUUUGACCUUUUAUUUUUUGGUAAAAAAGCAUGAGUUUUUCAUACACCUCUUGUACAGUUUGGCCCAAGCUUUUGAGAACUGCAAGGUAUAAUCCUAGAUAAUAUUUUGUAGCAGGACACCAGAUUCACACCAUUGCUUCUUGGCUGUGACCACCAUUACAACAGCUGAUGCUAUGAACAGUGUUACCAACUCUAAAACUGAAUUCCUGAUAGUUCCCAACUCUUAUUCAUAAAUUUCAAUAGCUUCAUCCCAAAAGUAGUUUUAACUGUGCAUUGUAACAUCAAAACUUAAAAUUAUAAGCAUAUAAACAAUAAUAAAGAAAGCAUGUAAAUACCAAUGAUGAAAGUUUAGUGGACACACUGCUCGAUGAUUGCCUUUGCAACUGGGACUCUGUUAAUUUCUAAGGAUAUUAUUAUUGUAUAAAUAAAUGUUAUUAAAACUACUAAAAUUA